AUGUAUCAGUCACUCGCGCCUCCUAUCGAGCAGUACCUCGAGCGCGGUCGAAACUCCUAUCUCGAUGACAGCCCAAUUCGCGUCUACUUCCUCCAGCCAGUCACUUCAGUCGAAGCUGCAUCGAUAUGCCAGCGCGCACACGACACUUACGCCCGAGACAUUCUUGGCUGUCCAGACUCUGGCAUCGAGGCUCCGAAUUUGUUCAACAUCCAUGCCGCAGAGCGCCACACUUUCCACAGCUUGUUAGAGUGUUGGAAAGACUUUAUGAUCUUCUUGCAGUCCACAUAUAUUUCAGAUCAGGACUACCCAGCAAGCCCAAUAGAAUAUCCCUUGGGCUUUGUUGUGCUUACAGCUCCCAACAGCCAGAGAGCUACGCUGGUGUGCUGUUACAAGGAGAACGAAGAAUGGAGUGUCGGCUCUUGUCUAAUACCAAUUGACGCAGAAUUGGGGAUGCAAGCUCAAGCUCUGAAAUAUUCGGAGGAUGAGUUUGUGAAUUUCGCGCGGUGUUAUGAGAAUGAUUUACCUCGCAGAAGCUCGUAG